AAGGAAGGAAAAAUGAUUGAAAUUCGAAGGUAAAUGAGAGAUGGUGGCUCUAUUUUCAGAACCACCUGAAACAUCCCCAGACAGGGCAGCAGUGUUCGAGAGCAUGGAGUAGCAAUGAGCUUAAAGACAGGACCAAAACAAUUUCUAGAAACUCUAGUUUGAAUUCACCACAAUGAAUCAUCUAAGAUCGAAAUCUCUGCAAUACAUAGCAAAUACUUCUGUCAGACGAAGAAUCUGUAGCCCACCAUGGCAAAAAUACGCGUACUCCACUGCUGCGCAGGAAAUGGAAAUAGACCAGAGAAAGCUGCCCACAGACUUUGAUCCCGCCACGUUCAAUCCCACACAACACCGCGCCCCUCCCACAGAAAGAGUUUUCAGACUUGUUGACGAAGUUUCUUCCCUCACACUUCUUGAAGUGUCUGAGCUAAGCGGCAUUUUAAUGAAAAGACUCGGCGUAACAGAGCUUCCGACCAUGGCCGUCAUGCAGCCUGGGACGGCGGCAGCGGCGGCGGCGGCGGCUGCCAUUGCUGGCGGCGCAGCCAAACCGGCCGAGGAGGGCGCAGCAAAGGCAGCUAAGACGGCAUUUGACCUCAGGCUGGAUGGAUUUGACGCUGCCUCAAAGAUCAAGGUGAUCAAGGAAGUAAGGGCAAUCACGGACUUAGGGCUGAAGGAGGCCAAGGAGCUUGUUGAGAAAGCGCCUGCUGUAUUGAAAAAGGGCCUCAGUAAGGAAGAAGGGGAACAGAUGAUCGAGAAAUUGAAGGCUGCGGGUGCUAAGGUCACUUUGGAAUAAUGCUACAUUAAUUAUUGUAUCAGGUCGGCGGCCCUUUCUUUCUUUUCUUUGUAAUUUUUUUAAUGUUCAAUUCUCGAUCACCUAAGAUUUUAUUGCCACGGUUAGGGUUUAAGGCUCAAAGAAAUUUUGCAACUGAUGUUGUAAACUUCAUUCCGAAGUUACCACACGGGGAGAAUGAAUUUCUCAAUAUGAAAUUAAAAGAUUUGCAUCA